CUUGGGUGUUCAAGCUCCGCGCGCUGCCCGUGUUGCAGCCACACGACCGGAGCUUAGGCGCUUUCAGUAUCCUUUCCUUUCCGUCAUGUUCUCGGCCGUCUCCUCUCCGCGGACGCCGGGGCCUGGAACCCGAAGGGGCCCGAUGAGCGGGGUCGGGCCGGGCUCCACGCCGCGGGCGACGAGUAGGAAGGGUCUAGCCCUGGGGUCUACAGUCGGCUCCCCGGUGGUGUUCUCUCCGGUCGGUCGGCGUAGUUCUCUGAGUUCGCGAGGAACACCUACGCGAACGUUGCCACAUCACUCCGUAACUGAAGCUAUGAACUAUGACGUGAAAACGCUUGGAUUAUUUCUUCCUGUUACAAUUAUGGAAGCAUUAAAUAAAGAGGGUGAUCAGCUGACUGUUCACAUAGAUGAAGGCGGAUGGGCUUGUCUGGUCUGCAAAGACAGACUCAUUAUUUGGAAGAUGGCUGUGUCACCUAUUUCUAAGUUAGCCGUUUGCAAAGAACUUCAGCUGCCACCCAGCGAUUUCCACUGGACUGCUGACUUGGUGGCUCUCUCCUACUCUGAUCCCUCAGGGGAAGCACAUUCUACUCAGUCUGUUGCGGUCAUGGUUGCCACCAGAGAGGGAUCCGUUCGCUUCUGGCCCAGUCUUGCUGGCGAGGACACCUACACAGAGACUUCUGUAGAUUUGGGAGGCGAUAAGAUGUACAAUUUCCUGACAGCAGUGCAGGGAGGAAGUUUUAUUUUGUCCUCAACGGGAAGCCAGCUGAUCCGGCUGACGCCUGACAGCUUGGGCAAGAUCCAUCAGCGCAUCCUGCCUCAGGGGCAGGGCGUGCUUUCGGGGAUUGGUCGGAAGGUUUCUUCUCUUUUGGGGAUUUUGUCUCCGAGCAGUGACCUCAUGCUUUCAAGUGUCCUUUGGGACAGAGAGAGAUCGAGCUUUUACAGCCUGACAAGUUCAAACAUCAAUAAAUGGGAAGUAGAUGAGUCUUCAGAAAAACAAGUGCAUAGCUGGGAUAUAAAUAGAACCCUGAAGGAAAACAUUACUGAUGCCAUUUGGGGAUCUGAAAGUAACUAUGAAGGCAUUAAAGAAGGCGUCAACAUUCGAUACUUGGAUUUGAAGCAAAACUGUGAUGGGCUCCUGGUUCUGGCGGCAGCGUGGCACCCAGCAGACAGCCCGUGUCUGGUCUACUACUCUCUGGUGACAGUCGAGGAUAACGGCCACCAAAUGUCGGACGCAGUCACUGUAGAAGUCACGCAGUAUAACCCGCCUUUUCAGUCCGAAGAGGCGCUCGCGUGUCGGUUGAUGGUCCCCGACUUCUCGAACCAGACCGCCUACCUGUACAGUGGGACUGCCGUCUUCGUGUGCUCCACGGGGACUGGGAGGUUUUCUCCGCCGCAGGAGAAAAUUGUCUUCAGUACACCAGGGGAUCGUAUUUUAGGAGCUGGCUCCUGUGGCGGCAUUCCCAUCCUUUUUUCUAAGAAGAGUGGGCUGGUGUCUGUGACUCCCAGGGAAAAUGUGUCCGUGCUAGCAGAGGACCUUGAGGAUUCCUUAGCCUCUUCAAUUGCUGGACCGAGCAAUGAGAGUGUGGUGUUUGAGACCUCCACGAAGAAUGAGCCCAUGGCCCAGGAAGAUAAAACCCGGCUGCUGAAAGCUGCUUUUCUGCAGUACUGCAGAAAGGAUCUCGGUCACGCACAAGUGAUGGUGGACGAACUGUUUUCCUCCCACUCGGAUCUGGGUUCCGACUGCGAGCUGGACGGAGCCGUCGCCCAGAUCAGCGUGGACCUGGUGGACGACUACCCAGCCUCCGACCCGCGGUGGGCCGAGUCUGUCCCCGAGGAAGCACCAGGGUUUAGCAACACGUCACUGAUUAUUCUUCACCAGCUGGAAGACAAGAUGAAAGCUCAUUCUUUCCUCAUGGACUUCAUUCACCAAGUGGGCUUGUUUGGGCGUCUGCGCACCUUCCCGGUGAGAGGCGUGCCCAUGGCGACUCGGCUGCUGCUCUGCGAGCACGCGGAAAAGUUGUCAGCAGCGGUUGUGCUGAAGAACCACCACUCGCGGCUGCCCGACCUCGUGAACACCGCCAUCCUGAUUGCCCUGAACAAACGGGACUGCGACAUCCCAUCCAGCCUGACGCCGGCGGACAUCUUUUUCAGAGAGGUGUCGCAGGUGGACACCAUCUGCGAGUGUCUGCUGGAGCACGAGGAGCAGGUGCUGAAGGACACGUCUUUGGAGUCGGCGGAGUGGGCGGAGGUGGUGAUCAACGUGAACACGAUUCUCAAGGACAUGCUGCAAGCUGCUAGUCACUAUCGACAAAACAGAAACUCGGUGUAUAGAAGAGAGGAACCACUAGGAAAAGAACCUGAAUAUAUUCCAUGGACAGCAACGAGUGGUCCUGCCGGCAUCCGAACGGCAAUCACGCGCCAGCAUGAGAUCGUGCUGAAAAUGGUGUACCCCCAAGCAGACAGCAAACUCCGCAACAUCCUGACGGAGCAGCUGGUCUCGCUGAUCGAUUGCUUCCUGGACGGUUACACUUGUCAGCUGAAGUCCCUGGACAGAUCCAGUGAUCAGGAGAGAUACAGCAACCUGGAAGUUGAAUACGCACAGAGGAGAUCAGAGCUCUUGUCUCCUCUCCUCACACUGGGCCAGUACUCGUGGGCGGCUUCGCUGGCGGAGAAGUACUGUGACUUUGACAUCUUGGUGCAGAUGUGCGAGCUGACCGACAACCAGAGCAGGCUGCAGCGCUACAUGACCCAGUUUGCGGACCAGAAUUUUUCAGACUUUCUCUUCCGUUGGUAUCUGGAGAAAGGGAAGAGAGGCAAGUUACUGUCUCAGCCCAUUGCUCAGCACGGCCAGUUGGCGGACUUUCUGCAAGCCCAUGAACAUCUCAGCUGGUUACAUGAAAUCAACAGCCAAGAAUUAGAAAAGGCCCACGCGACACUUCUGGGCUUGGCGAACUCGGAAACUCGCUACUUUGCAAAGAAGAAAACCCUUCUCGGCUUGAGUAAACUGGCUGCAUUAGCUUCAGAUUUUUCAGAAGAUACACUGCAAGAAAAAAUCGAAGAAAUGGCCGAGCAGGAGCGCUUUCUGCUGCACCAGGAGACCCUGCCUGAGCAGCUGCUCGCAGAGAAGCAGCUCAGUCUCAGCGCAAUGCCGGUCCUGACUGCACCGCAACUCAUCCACCUAUACAUCUGUGAAGAGAACAGAAGAGCUAAUGAAUAUGAUUUUAAGAAAGCUUUGGACUUGCUGGAGUAUAUUGAUGAGGAGGAAGAUGUAAAUAUAAAUGAUCUGAAACUGGAAAUCCUUUGCAAAGCUCUUCAGAGAGAUAACUGGUCCAGUUCCGACGGUAAAGAUGAUCCGAUCGAAGUGUCUAAAGACAGUAUAUUUGUGAAAAUCUUACAGAAACUUUUAAAAGAUGGCAUCCAGCUCAGCGACUACCUGCCCGAGGUGAAGGACCUGCUACAAGCAGAGCAGCUGGGAAGCCUAAAGUCCAACCCUUACUUCGAGUUUGUUUUGAAAGCAAAUUAUGAAUAUUAUGUCCAGGGACAAGGGUGACUUUUUCUCGAAAUGGUCAUUGUUGCUGGAAAUUCGUAUAUACUGUUAUAAAAAUGUUAGGCCUUAAACACGUAGCAGUUUGUACAGUUUUAUAAUGUGUUUUGCUGGUUUUUUUGUACUUUAUUUGGAAGCUACUGUGAAACAGCCAUGUGACUACAGUUUUGGUCUUUAGUUACAUUAAAUUUUCUCUCCUGUUUUUCAUCUGAAACUUAUCAUUUGCCAUUCCCGGGCUCAACACCCACUCUGUGUCAUCUCCCCGCACCCCGGGCUCUGGAGCUGCCGGGGUUGCACUGGAUUGUCCCCGAGACGGUGGGUGACUCGGCACACUGCGCCUUGAGGGGGGCCUGUGGUCUCUGGUGUCUGUCUGGCCGCGGGCCAGUGUGAGACACCUGGUAGGACAAAGGUCGGGUCUCGCUGACUUACACGUACAGUGUCGUCGGAGGAAGCGACCAGAGCGGGCCUGGCUCUGUGAGCGGGGCGACGGAUUGACUCCUCGGGAGAAGUUUCCUCUGCCUAAAGAAGAGUAGUAAUGAAAGUCUUGGACUGAAUAAAACAUUUGUGCGGCUUUCUUUUUUUAUAAUUUAAAAAAAUUGGUUGGGUGUUUUUGUUUUGGGGUUUGUUUUUUUUUUGAGAGAAACAUCAACGUGUUGUUCCACCUAUUUAUGCAUUCAUUGGUUGCUUCCUGUAUGUACCCUGACCAGGAAUCGAACCCACAACCUUGGUGUAUAGAGACAACGCUCUAACCAAAAGAAGUACCCUGUCAGGGCCUGUGUGACUUUCUGUAUACUGCUGGCAUUCGUUACAAUCUUCCAACACAGGAGUUCAGUCAGCUUCGUGUAUUUCUGAAAUGAUUUACAGCUUUGGAUCCCAGCUUUCCCACAGUCUGCCUAGCUGCUAUGAAGCAUGUGUGAUGCCAGAACCUAUUACAGAUUUUCUUAAUGUGGCAGCCGACCGACCUGGAAAGCAGUGGUUCUCAAGCCUCUUGCUCUUGACCUCGGUGGUCCCUCAGUUUCUCUCCGGCCUUAAAUAAAGACCAGAGAUGGGCAGGCAGAGGCCGGCAUAUUCACUCUUCUGCCAGGUUACAGGGGCACUGAAGGGUUUGCACCGAGAACGGGAAGGUCAGAAGCCAGACGUGACAACGAGAGUCCAGGUCCUGGUGCCACAGCGUACGGCCAUAUUCAAGACGCCGUUGUUCGUGGUUGCAUGACACCUGCUGCAUGGCCGUAGCAGUACUGAGCAGUUCCCUCCCUCUCUCUCAGUCUUAACACAGUUGGGUUAACCCUGGCUGGCGUAGCUCAGUGGAUUGAGCGCAGGCUGCGAACCAAAGUGUCGCAGGUUCGAUUCCCAGUCAGGGCA